AUGUAGUUUUAAAAUAUGUCUGAUCUAGCGAUGUCUGAGGACCAUGCCUGGGUUGUGUAUGGACCUGAGGGACAUCAGACUGUUGAGGUGUUUAUAUAUCGUGAAGAAGACGAUUCUAAGGAAUGUAUAGUACUGCUGACUUUUGCCCCAACUCCUCACUGUCUAGGUAUGGAGGUGGCAGCUGUUGUAUCUGCCAUGAGUCCAGCAAUAUCUCCUACAUUAGACAGUUUGGAGAGGAAGCCAUUUCAUUGGACGUAUUCAGGGAAUCUAGGAGAUCUAGAGGAAGGAUCACCAACUCAUGGUCGACCAAAUCCUGCUCAACUCUAUCAUCAGGGGGUUCUUGUAAACCAGAAGGAGUACAAUAACAGACAUGUGUACCCAUACAUGUACUCGGCAGGAUACAACUAUAGAGCAGGAGACUUUAAUUUGGCUUUACAGGAUUGGGCAGGAGCCGCAGCCGUUUUAAAAGGAUACAGACAUGGCAAAGAUGAUGAGGAGAUCUAUAAAGAGUUUAUGGAGAUCAAUAAUGAACUCAUUCCACACCUUCUCAAAACUCAAGGAAGUCUAUUGUUGGAUUCUACCUGUUUCUCUAACCUACUACAGUUCUAUGACGGACUUUGCUCUUGGGAAGAGAACUCAUCUACUCCUGUUCUUCAUAUUGGCUGGGUAAAACCAAUGGUGAAAUGUAUAUCUCAGUUCAGUGCUUCUGUUCGGGCUAACAUAGAAAUUUCAACUUUAGAAGGUAUCGAAGAAAGUACAGAUCCCAAUGGUUCAGGAGAAGGGAAGAUAUGGGAUGAAUAUAUUAUGGAAAAUAAUAAUUACAAAACUUCAUUCGACUGUUUAUCACCAGAACCAGAAUCUCUCUACCAACAAGAACCAGAAACAGAUUUUCUUACAAUGAACCAAGACACCCUAGCUAGAUAUGCCUUAGAGUGUAAGGAAGAGAAAAGUGAGAGAGAUAUUUCAAGUUUAGUUUCAAAUUGCGGAGAACAAAUACUAGAUAUUGGACUCCUUGUGGGGAACCAGACUCCCUGCCCUAAACACAUCAAUUCUUACCUUUUUACAGAGCUGGAGAAAAUAGAAGGGAAGUCAAAGAAAUCCGGGAAAGACGGAAAAUCUAAAUCUGGGAAAGUACACACUAGACUGUACAGUGCCAAGAUGAGUGGUCUCAAGGAUUUGCUUCAGAGUGAGCGUCUGAACUCUAGUGCUCUCCAUCUCCAGCUAACAGCCCAGUCUCAGGGAGAAACAAGGAGGAAGGGAGAUGGGGAGUCUACCGGAGGAAGAAUAAAAAGAGUUAGAAGAGAUUAAAGAGCUGAAGGAAGAACAAGGGAUAUAUAUUUUGAUAGAUUAUCCCCCCCCCCACUUAUUUAUUUAUAUAGUUAGGGGAAAACCAUUAAAAUGUCUUACUAUACCAUGUUAAAAAGUAUUUUUGAGAAGGGAUUGGAUAAUUUUUCAAAAAAAAAUAAUUUCAAGACAAGUCCACCAAACUUUGAGGGGAUUGUCUUCUGAAUGAUAAGAGAGGUUGCCAUAGUUAAUCAUAUUCAUGUGUUAUACUCCUAUUAAAAAUGGUUACUUAGAAGCAUACCAAAUAUUGAAUGUUUCUUUUUAUUACUAAGGUGUAAUUUUCAUCUGGUUUUCAAAUCAU